AUGGCCAUCCUGCUGAGCUCCUCAUUGCCUCUGUUGGCUUCUCUGGUCCUGACAUUGGUACUAGCUGUGAGCCCUGCAGCCAGUACUAAUGCUGAAGUCAGGGAGCAGCUACUAGGUGGAGUGGUGCCAGCCGACCCAAAUGAUAAAGAUGUGCAGAAAGCAGUGAAUUUUGCUGUUAGAAGCUACAAUGAUAGGAACAAUGACCUGUACCUUAGCAAGCCAAUACGAGUGUUGAGCGCCGAACAACAGGUCGUGGCUGGGAUGAACUACUUCUUGAAAAUAGAACUAGGCCGAACCACGUGUACCAAAGCCCAGUCUGAUUUGGCUGGCUGUCCCUUCAAUGAACAGCCAGAUCAGCAGAAGAAAGUAACCUGCGAUUUCCAGAUCUACACUGUACCUUGGGAGAACAAGAUAUCCAUGACAAGCUUCCACUGUCACAGUCCCUGAGGAUCUAUGUCAGGCUACACUGCUGAUUUUCCCUUACUCAAUCCUCUCCUUAAGUUCCUCUUUUCUCAGAUAGGGAUCUCAGCCCCAGAAGAUGUCUCUUCAGACACCAGUGGAGAAGGGUGCUGUAGACAGGCCAUGAACCCCUCAGUGGCUAUUCCCUUGUUCCUUUUCUCUGCUUUUUUUUCAA